AUGACUUCCCAGAUUCCCUCAGAGGAUGUACUUCAACCAUACGAGAUUAACGAUAAACCUUUCUAUAUCCAUAAAACCACACAAGAUGUUCAAAUUCCUACCGGAAAGCUUGUUCCUCUCCGAACUCUAGACGAAUUGAAGGCAGCUGUCCAAACCACCGAAAUUUACAUCCUACCUAUACCUGCAAAAUCAGUCAACUCCGUCCUUAACUCUCUCCGUGAAUUACUCCCUGAGUUCCACCCGCUGCAGCACCUCCGCCGCCUGGUAAAGCCUUCCUUUCUUCCUGCCUCGGUGGCCGAGAAGAUCCCACCUAUUACCACAACAAAAUCGGCUGUUAUGUACAUGCUCGUCUGCCCUACCGAGGCCAUAGCCCUUCCCGGGCUUCAAUCGUUCUUGUCCGCACUUCCUGUGUUCAUGGAAGACGGAGCAGAGGGCCCACAAAUCAGUAUUAUUCCUGUCCCAUCAUGCCAGCCCAUCUCGGCCGCACAGGCGCAGGAAUGGUCAGAGAAAUACUGGCCGACAGUGUACAAGCGCGGGAACCCCUACGGGCCACAUCCGGCGAUUGUAGAGAACGCGGCAAAUAAGCUAGGGAGGGCGGGUGAGUACAUACAAAUUGCCCGGAGUGUUGGAGCUGCAGUUGCAGACCUGGAUAUUGGGGAGCCUUUUGGAUGCGUUAUUGUUAAUCCAGAGACGGGCGAAGUUGUGGCUGCUGCUGGAGACGGAAGGUGUAAGGGCGAUAAAGAGUGGGGAAACCCGCUUAAUCAUGCAGUGAUGAGAGCUGUUGCUAUGGUUGCACAGAAAAGACUUGAAACAGGUGAAGAGGUCAUGCCAAACAAUCCAUGUAGACCCUUGACGGAGCUUGAGAGAGUAUACUUUGAGGCCAAAACUACGACCACCACUAUCACCAUAGCUCCAUUUGAGUCGGGAGAGACUGCGGAGAAUGGAGAAAAUGGAGAGGGGUAUCUAUACUCCUCCAACAGCUCUGGAACCCCCCCCGAAACUGCCCAGGCCUCGCUUCUCCGCCUUACCCGCCGUCACUCGCUCCCUGCGUCUACCACAUUCAGCACCUUCCUCAGUCUGUGGAGCGCCGAAAAUGCGAACCGGGAAAACCGAGAGCGCUCAAAUUCCUCUACAGCGAACGACGUCCAUCCAGGGAUUGCCAAUAAUACCAGUAGUAACAAUCGUCAUCACCGGAGCGCGUCGAUAUCUGGCGAUACCCUGCUAAAUGGAAGCAGCAACGGGAAUGGGGCGUUGGGAGGCAAUAGACACAGGUAUGGACAUCGCCAUACCAGGAGCGCUGUGGUGGAUACGCCCGUUAUUGUCAAAAGCUAUAACCCGGGACCAGCUGUUUCUAGAAAUGCCUCCCCUUUGCACGAGAAUGACGAUAUCGAGGACACUGCGCUCCCGUCCAUUGACUCUUUCUCAUUCGAUGGGAUCUUGAAAGCUAUCGACCCCGCUGUCACGACUGCACUCGAUGCUGUGGGCAAGCUAUGCGAGGAGUAUCAGACGAGCUUACGAACUGAAGUCGAUGCGCUCACAGACGCGCAGGCUGAGAUUGACGCGAUGAUAAAGGAGGCGGACAAGCUGACUAGCCAGGCUUUCAAGACGACCAAGAUGCGGACCGAGAGAUUAGACGCGGAGGCUGUGGGGUUGAAAGGAGGCUCUACAGCAGAUGCGCUUGCCGCGGCCGCAGAGGCCACUCACACAUCCCUCACAUCUAUCAUUACGAUGCUACUCGCGAUCGAUGAGAUGCUCCCUGUGCAGGAACGCUUGUCACCACUCUCGUCUGCGCACAAGAAGCACUAUCCACGAUUGCACACACUCCUCGCCGACAAAGCCCACGAGAUUGAAGUCCGCUUUCGGAAUGUCCGCUCCCCUGAGAUGCGCCCCGUCUCGCGGCCGCUGUCCGUUCAAACAUUAAUGUCCCGCCUGGAUCUCGACCUUGGCGAAUCCUCAUCCUCCCGGACUACCAUGGACGCAUCGUCAUCAUGGUCCCCCCCCCGGCGGCGCCUAUCAACGUCGUCAACGCUGCUACUCAACUCCCCAACUGUCUCUAGGGCAAGCACGUCGUAUACUCAUAAUCGCGGUGUCUCAAGCCCGCAUCUACAACUUCGCACUAUCCUCCCAAGUCCAAGCAACGAGCAAAUCAGCGCGAGCGGCAGCUACUUUCCCAUUGCGCCCAAAACGGCGACGGGGGUGAGCUUGACCAGUCCCAUGUACACCGCACAGCAGCAUCUCGAAGGUAGCAUCUCACCCCGCCCUAUGUCGCCGUUGAUGUCUCCGCGGCGGCCAAGUGGUAUGUGGUCAAGACGGGCAUCAUCGGGAACUUUGGCUGCGUUCAUGGCCCGCGAGACAGACAACUCGGCCCUUUAUCCCUCGCCACCCAGCGGGAGCGAUAAAGACGGUGGGGGUACAAGCCCGGUAGGCUCCCAUCCAGCGAACUCAAAGCCGCCGAGUACGUGGCGCCACAGCGCAGGGAGUUGGGCUGGAUUCUUCGGCGGUAGGAGCAGCAAAGGAAGUAGUGAGGUGUCGAAAGGCGUGAGCGCGGAGGAGCGAUUGAAGAUGCUCCUUCAGGCAGCCGGUGACGGAAACUCAAGCUCUUUGUCCUCGAAAAAAAAGGGGAAGGGUAAAGGGGUACAGAGAUGA